GAGCAGAGCAAGUGCUGAAAAAUUAUCCCAACUUGCUUUCUCAUAGCAAACCUGCUUCGUUUAGGCUACUCCUCUCGGCGACAUAUUCCGUUCUGUGAUGAAGACAAAUUAGUGACAUUUUAUACGCGUUUUAAAAUAUCGUUAAAUCUGUAUUUCGCAAUGGUUGAGAAACUUGUACCUUCGUCAAAGAUGAGCGCAUAUCUUCGUUAAGGUGCAGUUGCAACAUUUUUUUUAGAGUAGAGAAAAGCAAUUGAACGUCACCGCCAGAAUCCCAAAGAGUUCAUUACUAUUGACUAUCUAUACAAACGAAAUAAAUAUAUUGAUAGCUUGAUUUGUGGUAUUUUCCUCGGUCAGAAAAAUAGCGUUUUUUUGCCAGUGGUAACAUUGAUGGCUGCAUAAUGACAUGGGAAUGAAUUCCUCGAAUUUAAAUGACAAGUUAUCUAUGGUCCUAAUGGAUUUUCUCUCAACUGGGGAUUUUUCUUCGUGAUACAGUAUUUGAAAUCAUUAAUUGAGACUGAGGUUUGAGGGUUAGAUACCUGCCUCUGGGACUGCAGAAGGAAAAACAAACCCAGGCAAGAUUUGUGUUACGCGGAAGACCACCGGGGAAGAGGAUCCUAAGUCUUUGGCAAAGGAUAGUAAUCUGGUGAUGGACUUCAUGGAACUGCACAUGGGAGCGGUUUUGUUGUGGGUCCUGGUGUUGGAUUUCUGUGGUUGGGCUGAGGCUGGUAUCCUGUACCGUGUCCAGGAGGAGCAGCCGCCCAGCACGCUGAUAGGCAGCCUGGCAUCAGACCAGGGCCUGCCAGACUCUGGUCACCUUUACAAGCUAGAGGUGGGUGCUCCAUACCUGCGUGUAGAUGGGAAGACAGGGGACAUCUUUACCACAGAAAUUCCCAUAGACAGGGAGACACUGAGAGCCUGCCGCAGCAUGGUCAGGGGCAAACCCUGCUUCCUGGAGUUUGAAGUGUCUGUCACAGACCUGAUCCACAACCAGAGCCCCAGGCUCAUCGAGGGUCGCAUCGAGGUCCAGGACAUCAACGACAACACUCCGCAAUUCCCCUCCCCCGUGCUCACCAUCUCAGUCCCAGAAAACACCCACAUGGGGGCGCUGUUCUCCAUCCCCCUGGCCACAGACAGGGACUCGGAGAGGAACAGGGUGGCUGACUACGCCCUAACCGCGGGGCCAGAUGCAGCGACUCUCUUCGGCCUGCAAGUGGCAGAGGACAGGGGAGAGAAGCUGCCCCAACUCAUCGUCCUGGGAAGUCUGGACCGGGAGCUCAAGGACAGUUACGACCUGAACAUUAAGGCUGUGGAUGGAGGUAACCCCCAGCGCUACAGCAGUGCCUUGCUGAGAGUGGUGGUUGCUGACGCAAACGACAAUGCGCCAAAGUUUGACAAGGCCACAUAUGAGGCUGAAGUGUCAGAAAACAGCCCUGUGGGACAUUCUGUGUUGCAGGUGAAAGCCAAUGACUCUGACAUGGGCCCCAAUGGAGAGAUAGAGUAUACGCUACACCAGGCAUUAGACCCAGUGCCAAAACUCCUGCGAAUUGAUCGUUCCACUGGCAUCAUCUAUGUCAAAGGGCCUUUGGAUCGGGAAGAAAUCAGCGAUUUGACAUUCUACGUAGUGGCCAGAGACAAAGGUCCCCAACCCAAAAGUUCCAAGACCUUUGUUACUAUCGAGGUGACUGACCAGAACGACAAUUCCCCUGCUGUGGAGAUCCGUGGGAUCGGCCUGGUGAGCCACAGUGACGGUGUGGCCAACAUAUCAGAGGACAUGCCCGUGGGCACAGCGGUGGCCUUGGUCCAGGUGUCUGACAGGGAUGAGGGGGAGAAUGCAGUGGUCACCUGUGUGGUGGCAGGGGACGUGCCUUUCCAGCUGCGCCCGGCCAGUGAAUCGUCCACUGACAACAAGAGAAAAUAUUUCCUGCAGACCACCACCCCACUGGACUAUGAGAAGGUAAGGGAAUACCGUGUGGAGAUUGUGGCUGUUGAUUCUGGCAAUCCAGCUCUCUCCAGUACUAACUCAUUAAAGGUGCAGGUGACUGAUGUUAAUGACAACUCUCCAGUGUUUUCCCUGACCCUGUUCGAGGUUAACUUUACAGAGGAGAACCAGCCAGGGGACAAGGUUGUGGACGUGGUUGCCACAGACCCUGACAGUGGCACUAAUGCAGAGCUUGUCUAUAGCAUCGUAGCAGACACAUCUACUAGAGGACUGUUUGAGAUUGACCCUGACUCAGGGGAGGUGAGGGCACAAAGCCCUCUGGACAGAGAACAUAGAGCGCAUUAUGAGUUCAGGGUCACUGCAGCCGAUAAAGGCUCCCCCAGUCACAGAGGAACAGCCACGGUCGUGGUCAAUGUGCUGGACCGCAAUGACAACGACCCUAAGUUCAUGCUGAGUGGCUACAGUUUCUCUGUUCUGGAGAACAUGCCCCCACUCAGCGCUGUUGGGAUGGUGACGGUGCUGGACAUAGAUCAGGGAGAGAACGCAAGAGUGCAGCUCUCUGUGGAGCCAGACGGAGGAAGGUUUGUGGUUCAGAAUGGAACAGGAACCAUUCUGUCCAGCAUCUCCUUUGACCGGGAAAAGGAGAGCAGCUUCAGCUUCCGUCUGAAGGCCGUGGAUGGGGGAGAGCCUCCCAGGUCCUCCUACGUAGGCGUUACCAUCAAUGUCCUGGAUGAAAACGACAAUGAUCCUGUGGUCACCAAGCCCUCCAACUCCUCCUUCAGACACCUGUCCCCUCUAGGUUCCCCAGACAGCCGUGUGGAGCUAGUGGAAGCUGAAGACCUGGACACUGGGCCCAAUGCAGAGCUGGUCUUCAGCAUCACUGGUGGAAACCCUUAUGAACUCUUCAGCAUCUCCUCCACUACUGGGGAGAUCACCCUGGCCAAGGAGCUGACCCAGAAACAUGGUGGGCUCCAUCGCCUGGUGGUUAGGGUGAGUGACAGAGGCAAGCCUGCACGCCACACUACUGCCCUGGUGCACAUCUUUGUCAAUGAGACCAUCUCUAAUGUCAGCCUGGUGGAGGCGCUGGUGGGACACAGUCUCUACACGCCUCUGGAGACAGACAUUGCUGGUGACCCUGACUAUGGCCUUGCCGCCCAGCGCAGUAACAUCCUGUACGGCAGCCUGGCUGGAGUGGCAGGCGUUGUCAUGGUGAUUGUGGUUGUGGUGUUUAUCCGCCACCGCAUUCAGAGGGAGACAAAGAGUGGCUACCAGGCUGGCAAGAAGGAGACCAAGGACCUUUACACCCCCAAGCAGGGGCCCAAGAACGGCAAAGGCAAAAAGGGCAGGAAAGGAAAGCCCUCCAAGUCCCCCAAGCCCUUGGGAGAGGAGGAAGAGGUCAGCCUCCAGAAGAGUCUCAAGUUCAACCUGGAUGGGGUCAACGACAGCCCCAGGAUCCACCUGCCCCUGACAUAUCCCCCAGGUAGCCCUGACCUGGGCAGACACUACCGCUCCAACUCUCCCCUGCCCUCCAUCCAGCUGCAGGCCCAGUCGCCGUCGGCCUCCCAGAAGCAUCAUGUGGUCCAGGACCUCCCUGCCACUAACACCUUCGUAGGGAUUGGAGGAGAUGACAACUCAACAGGUUCAGACCAGUACUCGGAUUAUAGCUACAAGGCCAGCCAGCCAAAGUACAACAGCAAACAGCUCCCCCAUCGCAGAGUGACAUUCUCCACAGCCAAUCCGGUGCAGGAUCUGCAGGAUGCAUCUCAGCACAGUUACUAUGACAGCGGCCUGGAGGAGUCAGAGACGCCCAGCAGUAAGUCAUCAUCUGGCCCCCGUAUCGGGCCCCUGACCCUGCCUGAGGAUCACUACGAGAGGACCACCCCAGACGGCAGCAUUGGGGAAAUGGAGCACCCUGAAAAUGAUAUGCGUUCCAUUCCUGAUGUGGCCAUGACUGGUAACUGUACUCAGGAGUGCAGUGAGCUGGGUCACUCAGACGCCUGCUGGAUGCCUGGGCAGCCCUCCCCAGUGCGCAAGACCAGGAAUCCCCCCAAACUCUCCACCUUCGUGCCUUACCAGGAGAGAGGGAGCCUGGGCCGCCUGGCCAACGGGAGCGCCAGGCUGGGUGGCGAGGAGUACCGAGCCAGCAUUCCGCCCUCCCGUAGUGCCUAUUCCAACAGCGGCCAUGCCCCUAGGCAGGACUGCCCAAAGGAGGAGGUGCCCCUGAGCGUGGCCUCUGAGUUCCUGCCCACCUCCCCUCCUAGCCACACCCCCAAACAAGAGAUCUACCUGUGAGAAAGCCCCACCUCCCACAUCUGAUUGGUGCACAGAUAGAGGAGGAGCCACAGAGACACACCCACUUUAGAAAAAGAAACAUGCUCUUAGAGGAUCUGAAAAGUCCAUUUAUUGAAAUAAAUACCCAUUCUGUAUGAAAUAUGGGAUGUGAUUUGUGGAAUCAUUGGUAUGUGCAAUAGGAGUUUUUCAAUUUAUUUAUUUACAUAUUUAUUGGUUUAUUAAUGUAUUAAUUAGUUAAUGGAUUUAUUUAUCGAUGCAGUUUCUUUGAAAGCAUUGGUUAAACACUUGUGGUAAUAUCACACUAAAUCAACAUACAAUCAAUCCCUAAAACACUAGUGAUUUUCUUAGCUAAGCCCUAACCUGUUGUGAUAUGUUCUCUGGAACAUCCAAUGUGUGAUCAGUGCCAUAACCAGAUAACAUUCAUCUGACAGGCAAUGAAGCCCUAAGGGUAGACUUAACAUUUUUGAUUAACAAUCAAAUGGAAUGGUCUUUCUUAAUGUACAGUGCUGUAAAUACAUGUGAAUGGUGUACACUGUAUCUUGUAUAUAUUUCUGUCUGGCUCAAGCUGAUAACAAUAGCCUCAGAAUUUUAGCAUUUGAGCUUUUCUUUGCUGCUGCUGUUUAACACUUGAUUGAAAUGUUUUCCAAAAACUUGGACGGAGAGUGUGGAAAGGCACUUGAAUGAAUUAAUCAACUACUCACAAUCUCACACACACAUCUGUGACCCCCAAUCAUGAUAGAACCAUAGCAUGUUACCUCAUGCUCCCUGGAUAGCUAUUAAGCCAGUGAUACGAGCUGUGUGGCAGCAUUUAAUGGGAUAAUGUGUGUUUCACUGAGCCUCAGCACUGUGCCCCGUCUCUUUUCCUGGAAACAGUACACUUAGAGGCCAUCACUCCUGAUCACACUGAUCUUUCCCAAAACCCUAGCACACAUUCUGAUAGUGUUUGCCCCUCUCAGAGUAGAGCCUCUGGUUCCCCACCUACACUGUAGAUGAGAAUAUAUAUAUUCUCUGUUCUGUGUGAAAAGCUCCUCUUCAAUGCCUCCCUAUGCCUGAAUAACACUGAGCUAAUCAGUUGCUCUCCACAUAGAGGUCACCAUUACAUUCAACCCUGUGUCUCUAGCCUCGUUAGGUUUUCUCCUCACGAUCCGCGUGAAUUUCAAUAGUUCUAACUCCGCCUAAGGAGUUAUUCACACGAGUUUCAGCGCAGCACUUUUCAGUCCUGAGAGCCACUAAGGUGACUUAGAGUGCUGUGACUGAAUUCCCCUGUCUCACAGAAACUAUGCUUUUUACAUUUACAUCCUGAUAGGUUUCCUUGUGUUGGUCUCACAUCUUUAAAGGAAGGCUACAGUAAUCAUCUGGGACUAAUUUUUAUUUUACCUUUAUUUAACUAGGCAAGUCAGUUAAUUAAGAACAAAUUCUUAUUUACAAUG